AUGACGCAAUGCGAAAGUUGCGUAAGCACGUGUAGGCUAGAUAACGAGGUUGUAACAGGAGACGCUUGGGAGAUGAUGAAAUUAGUUUUUGUGUGCGAGAGUAGAAAUGAAAACGAGGAGGAGAAUAAAACAGGAUUUGUUAAGGACAAUUUUCGAGUACCUUGGAGUAUGGAAGCUUCAGCCAUUGUACCUUGGAAGACAAAUAAUCAAGGAAACACUUCAAGCCCUCCACUUUCAACCAGCCAAUCAGUGCUGCUCGCAAGUUUGGCGUCAGUCUAUUUCGUUAUCGUGUUUGCUUCCAUAUUUGGCAACUGCAUGAUCAUCCACAUCAUCCGUACAAGACACUUCUUGAAAACCACCACCAACUACCUUAUCCUCAAUCAAGCAUGCGCAGACUUGAUCAUUACAUUUACUGUUAUGUUAAGCAUGCUGGGUGAUGAACUAUUUCACAGAAGGUGGUUUGAUGGAGACUGGGGAUUACCUAUGUGCAGGCUACUGGUGUGGUUUCAUUUUCCAGCUGAGUACUGUUCCAUCUGGAGCCUCGUUGCCAUAGCCGUUGACCGUUAUUAUGCAGUAGCUCGCCCUUUGAAGUUUUCCCCUUUAUUUCACCGUACAAGGCUAGUAGUUUCCUCGAUUUGGGUGUUGUCUAUGUCUUCGUCAGCUGGCAUGAUUUCCAUGGCCAAACUUGUCUUCGUGGAGGGAACUGGCCACUUUUGUGUCAUAGAUUACUCCCAUGUUGAGCUGUCUGCAGCAAGCAUUGUAGGCCUCUGCGUGUUGCUGUUUAACUUCGUCGUUCCUCUUUUGGCCAUGGCGGUUCUUUAUUCUAUCGUGUGCUCUCGUUUGUUGUUUAGAGAAGUGCCUGGCGAUGAAGCUGGUCACGAUACAAGGCACGCAGAAGCCAUGAAGACAGCAAAGAAAGUUACCCGGAUGAUGAUCAUCGUUGUUGUUUUGUUUACUUUGUGUUGGUUUCCUUUUUUUAUGUUCGUUGGUUUGGACAGUUUGCACAAGAUUGUAAUACCAUAUGCUGCACUCAAAAUUGUGGUGUGGUUGGCAAAUGCUUAUAGCGCAAUUAAUCCUUACAUUUAUUUGUCAUUUUGUAAAAAAUUUCGUAAGGAAUAUAUUAUCAUUAUGACGAAAUGUUGGAGGAGGUUAAGGUGUGGUUAAGACUGUUUUAUCCUGCCUUUAUCAGGCUUGUAUGACUAGUACCGUCGCCUUUUGCUCCUUUCUUUACUAUGGCUAUGGG